CGGAGUUUGUGAGAGAGUUGAAAGAAAGAAGAAAGAAUCGUAACUGAAGCUAGCUCGCAGGCUAGCUGAAUGUCCUGCCGUGUCGCAGAUGUGUCGAAAGCCACGGGAAAGGGCGGAAUGUGGGGGGUUGUAUAUAUAAAACUGGGCAUGGGGUUGUUUGUAAGUAACGCGGUUAUUGGACCAGUCGGUUCGGUGUCAGUGGAGGCAGCGUUGACCGAGCCCUGUGUGUAACAAAACUCUGUCUCUGCUGUGUUGAUUUUCCUAUCAGACGCCUAUCAUGCCUUUUCUCCUGGGGUUUAGACAGAACCGGCUGCUUUGUGUAGGAGUGAACAACCAGAGCUACUUCUGUGAUUCGGGCCACUGCUGUGGAGAAUCUCAGUGUUGCAGCUAUUACUACGAGGUGUGGUGGUUUUGGUUGGUCCUGACGCUCAUUAUCAUUCUGGGCUGCUGCUGUGUGUGUCACCACCGCCGAGCCAAACACAGACUACAGCAACAGCAGCGGCAGCACGAGAUCAAUCUCAUCGCUUACAGAGAAGCCCAUAACUACUCCUCUCUACCCUUCUACUUCAGGUUCCUGUCUGGCUACCUCUUACCCGCAUACGAGGAAGUCGAAAACAGACCUCCGACACCCCCGCCUCCAUACAGUGCCUCUCAGCCAGCCCAGUCCACCAGCUCGGAGCCCCUGUGCUCUGAACAACCAGAUGAGCACUGUCCUCCAUUGCAGUGCAGCCCCACUGCCCCGCCUGCAUCUGAGAACUGUUCCCCGGGACCCUGCGUAGAGCAGCCACAUUCUCCCACCACACACCGCCCUGCCAGAGACGCCCACAAACCACAGUACCUCAGCCUAGAGGACAGGCAGCUCCAACAGGUGGCAUGCGCUACCUCACACAGCCCAGUCAAACAGGGCAGCUCCAGCGAGGACCUGACCGAACCCGGAGAAGACUGUUCUCCCGAAAGCCAAGACAAGACUCCAGGGCGCCACCGGCGCUUUACGGGCGACUCUGGGAUUGAGGUAUGCGUGUGCAGCCAGGGGAAAGACGGAGAGGAAGAGGAGGAGAUGAAAGAUCUUGUGGGGCAUUUGGAUGGAGGGGAGCUCGAGGAGCAGGACUUCUGUGAUAGCUGCAACCCCCGUGGCAGCAGCCCUCCUCUGGGUCCCGGGGAUGAGGAGCAGGGCCUGGCUGCCUCAGACAUGCCUCUGGAGCACAGAGAGCCUCAGCGACCUCCAGUCUGCCUCCAUCUGCACACUAUCAACGAACAGGACGGUCCACAUCACGGCAACAACACGGACCCCCAGAGUUGAGCACAGCCAGUUCCAGCAGAGACUUACUUUAGACUGCUGUCUCCCUUUACUUUCUUAAGAUACAUCAGUUUGUACUGUCAGCUAUGUCACUUUGGGUGUACUUCUCGUGUGUGUGUGUGUGUGUGUGUGUGUGUGUGUGUGUGUGUGCGCAUGCGAAAGAGUUUUAAAAGGGCGUUAAUGUGUGAGUCCUCACGGUUUUAUGGAUUAAUAGGGUAAUCUAUUAAAGACGUUAAUAGGUCUGUUGCCUCACAGAGAGGUCGCGAUCAAAACCACAGGGGAAAUUCUCCCGUUUAUAGCCUUAUCGAGCUCUGGGUGACAUGCCUGUAGAUUUAAGGCUUUUUGUCAGUUUUUUGGGGGCUGAUUGCCUCCUGAGAUGAAGUUGGCACUCAAGGUCUGGGGAUAUUGAUUUGUGCUGGUUUUUGCUCCUGAAUUCGUACUUUUAAUAUUCUUUUUAAAUACUUCAAGGGAUGGUUUACCCUAAAAUGAAAGUUCUGUCAUUAGUUACUUUCAUCUUUGAAACAAAUGAAGAUAUUUUUAAUGAAGCCUGAGAGAUUUCACCAAACACCAUUCCACCAAAACCAUGUCGCUUUAAAAAGUUAAUAAAAUGAUAUAUCCAUAUGCACAUACGUGGAGCACAUCAAAUAUGGUAAACAGAAGCUAAAACGUACUUGCUUGGAAUGUGACAACCGAUCAAGCUUCAGCAAGAGCCCAUGAGGCUUCUUAUGUGUCAAGCAAGUACACUUGAACUUCUGUUACUGUAUGUUCGGUGAUCAAUGUUUAUAUGUGAAUAAAAGCCUAAAUUAGAUCUG